UCUGUCGGGGGUUAAAAAGAGGCAGAACAACGGCAUUAGACGUUAAUUGAUAAGUGGCUUUGAUAACAGACUUCCACGUUAACUGACGUUUGUUUCUUGGAAACUGUCUGUACGAUUAAAGUUUCAGGGGUUUCUGAACUUUGGCAAGAAGAUAGGAGUAUCAAUAGCCGAUGUUUGAACAAUAAAGUGUGAUAAAAACGAAAGUAAUAGCUGUAGUUGCCUCUCCUAACUUUUCUAAGCAGCAGAAAAUGUAACAAUCUAAUGGCGUCAGCAAAUAACGUCAUAAUAACCAUAACUAAAGCUAUGGUUAUGGAUCGAGGCACACGUGCCAUACACCUGUACUCUCAAAUCAUUACAUCAUUCCCUUAGAGAGUUUUGAAGCGUUGAAAAUCCCAUUAAGGAGACCUUUUUGGAACAGAAUUAUGAUUUAAAAUGUUAGUUCUAGUCAUGUCUCAGACAAAUGCGGUGUUUCGAGCUCUGUUUCUUACAAUAUGCCUGUGUUUCUUGCUCAAAACGCAUGUAGCCGUCCAGCAAAAAUACUUUGUAAAGAGUUCUUUGUGCCAAAUACCCUACAUCGAUCCAUUUACUGCCGAUAUCAUGAAGGACUUUGAGAAGCGUACGUUGAAGGACUGCCACAACGACAGCGAUCUGGUGACAAGUGAAUUUGACUUUAAGCUCAAUCAAUAUCGCCUUCACAUACACGAGAAUAUGGCCAAACGUAUUCUGAAAGGAUCAAAGGGUAAUGCUACCCUUGAAUGCAAGUAUCAAAAGAUCGGGAGAAAUGAAAUUUAUGAGAUUCCCGACAAUACCUACAGAGAGUUUAAAAGCGUUCCUCUACCAGACAACCUUUUGGUGCCAAAGCACACGGACUUCAUGAUCACCAAAUGCUAUGUAAAAGAGCAAAAGAAACCACCGAAACUUCUCCAAACAGAUGGCCUGACAUUCAUCGAAGAUCAUCUGAGAAAGGAGGAGGCAAAAGCGUAUGCCAAACAGCAGCAGAAAAACCCCAAGCCCAGUGUCCUUAUCAUGGGACUGGACUCCACUUCACGCAUGAAUCUAAGACGAGCCAUGCCCCUGGUCUACAAAUUUGUGAGUCAACCAGGAUGGUUCGAGAUGCAGGGCUACAGCAAGGUGGGGGACAACACCUUUCCCAAUCUGUUGGCUGUGCUGGCGGGACACUCCCCAAAAACUCUGGCGAAAAUGUGUAACGUGACGAAGAGUGGCUGCCUGGACACAGCGCCCUUCGUUUGGAAAAGAUUCAAGAGCUCAAACUACACGACAGCCUUUGCCGAAGACUGCAGAGCGAUUAAUACAUUCAACUACCUUUUGCCGGGAUUUCUACAGCAGCCGGUGGACUACUAUCUGCGUCCCUUCCUCGUGGCGAUUGAGGAGAAGUUUCCCGUGACUAAGGAGUUUGGAUUUUCCUUCUGUGUGGGCCGUCGUUUGAGCUUCGAUUAUGUGUGGAACUUUGGCAAGCAGUUCAUCGAUCGAUUCUUAAAAAAACCCCCCUUCUUUGGUUUCCUGUGGAGUAACAGCUUCACCCACAACUUUUUUACAGCGGCCACCGCUUUGGACGCGCUCUUGCUGAAGCACCUUCAUUCCUUUGAGGUGUCAGGACUCUUCAAUCAUUCAAUUGUGAUGCUAAUGAGCGAUCAUGGCCAGCGCUAUGAUACCCUGAGGGGUGCGGCAUCGGGAUAUUACGAGGAACGAUUGCCCAUGAUGUUUAUCUAUGUUCCGCCCUGGUUCCGUAAGAAGUAUCCCCAUUUGGUGGCUAAUCUAGUUAAGAACCGCAAUCGUUUGUCCUCCAACUACGAUUUACAUAUGACCUUGCAUCAUCUCCUACAAAUGGAAAGCACCUCCAUGGCAGAUUUCGCCAAAAAACACAGAUCUGUGGCGUGUCCAAGCUGUCAAUCGCUGCUCUUCGAAUUACCCCUCAAUCGGUCAUGCCAGCAGGCCGGCAUUGAGGAGAAAUGGUGCUGCUGCAAUCCCGUUAAGACCCUCGCCAAGAAAACCGACUUUGUAAGGACCAUUGGCUUGGCCGUGGUCCAGCAAAUGAACGAGCACCUGAAGAAGCGGAAAUUCACGCGCAAGUGCCACAACUUCACCCUCAAGAAUAUCCACAAAAUGGAUCGCAGGUUGCACUUACCCAUGGGCACUAGCACCACGGAUAAGGACGAACGUGUGUACAUCAUGCAGUUCUGGACACGCCCAAAAAUGGCGCUCUUUGAGGCCACGGUUCGAUGGAACCAUCACCAACAUAAACUCCAUAUGGAUGUGGAUGAUCUGAGCAGAUUGAAUAGGUACAAAAACCAGUCCGAGUGCAUUGAUGACAAGAAUGCAAAGAAAUAUUGCAUUUGUAAGGAUAGCAUAAGCAAUAUAAUGAGGAUCCCCAAAAUGAUUAGCAAAGCAAAACGUUUUCCAGGGCUAAAAUAAAGUUUAAAGUUGUAAAAAAGUCAAA